CCAAGGUUGGCACCAUGUGAUGGUUUCGGAAGCUUAUGGAAAAUUCAAGUUUCAUUUAAGUUGUCUUGCGGUGGAAUGAUCUGAUUUUUGUGCAACAAAAUGCCCUCACAUUACAAGGACAUAGAUCCAAAUGUAAACGAAGCAAAUAUCCUUGGUUCGACCAGAUCUCGGCGCGGGAGACGAGCAGAUCUGAAGAGUGCCUCCAAGCAGCUGAAGUUGGACGGCGGCAAAAAUGCGCCCCAAAAUCAAAAGAAGCACCAAAAAACGCGCUGCCACACCAAACACCAAUCAAGUUCAAAAAAGAAAAAGAAGCCGACAAUAUCUAAGAAACCACCGGAGCAUCCUGCGGUCAGUAAGAGCGCCACAGACUUGAGCCGGGGCCGGGCUCGGUGUCGGAGCAGCACGCGGAUCGCCUCCUGCAGUCCUCACCCAUCCUCGUACCCGUCCGUGGCGCCGCUCAACUCACUGCCCGGCGCCAAGAAGAGCCGCCGGCGACGGAGGAGCCACGGCUGGUCCAGCAAGAAGCGCAGCCGCAGCCGGUCGGAGGCUCGUCAGCAGGGCUCGGUGGCCGGCCCGAGCCAGCGCGACGACAGCGACGAGCAGCCGCCGAGAACCGUGCAGCCUGUCACGACCGACACUGGCGUGGACUUCAAGGAUGUUGGUGGACUGCAUGAAAACGUUGAGAAACUGAAAGAGAUGAUCGUCUUUCCAUUUCGAUAUCCGGAAGUAUUCAAAAAGUUCGGCUGUCCUCGAGGAGUUCUGUUUUACGGGCCCCCAGGCACCGGGAAAACGCUGGUGGCUCGGGCGCUGGUGCACGAGUUGAGCAAGGGUGCGCAGAAGGUCACAUUUUACUCCCGAAGCGGUUCAGAUAUUCUUUCCAAGUGGUUUGGCGAGAGCGAGUCCAAUCUUCGGGACCUUUUUGAGGCGGCGAAGGCGAACCAGCCGUCGGUGAUCUUCUUCGACGAGCUGGACGCUCUGGCCCCGGCACGGAACUCUCAACAGGACCACGUAUAUACGACCAUCGUGGGUGCCUUGCUGACCCUGCUCGACGGACUGGAAGACCGGCAACAGGUGGUGGUGAUUGGGGCGACGAAUCGGCCCGAUGCCCUGGACAGCGCGCUGCGCCGGCCCGGCAGGUUCGACCGCGAGCUCUUCUUCCCGCCUCCCAACCUGGAGGCCCGGCGGGAGAUCCUGCGUAUCAGCGCCGUGGACGGCUGCUCCGAGCUGGUGACGUGGCUGGCAGAGCGCACGUCCGGCUUCUGCGGCGCCGACAUCGCGCUCCUCAUCCGCGAGGCGUUCCUGUCGGCAGUCAAGGAGGCCUACCCGGCCAUCUACAACACGGCUGUCAGGGUCGACAUCGACCCGACGGUUAAGGUACUGAAGCGACAUUACGAGACGGCACUGGCCAGCUUUCGUCCGUCGGGCGGGCGCAGCAUGCAGGAGUGGCGCGAGGUGGUGCCCGACAUCCUGAAGCCGCUCAUCGACCAGGACCGCUGCCGGCUGGUGGAGGUCAUCUCCAGACGCUGCCCCUGGCUGCUGCCCAACAAAGUGAAGCGCGGGGAGAUCUGCUCACAAAUGCGAGUCCUCAUCUGCCCGGACGAGCGGUACCCGGAGGACGCCGAGUACGUGAGCAAGUCCGUGCUGGCCGCCUUCGCCGACUGCAACAUCUGGACCAUGGACGACGCGUACGUCAUGUCGCUGACGUGCGUGGACGUUAUGCAGCUGCUCUCGGAGCGCAUCCAUGACGUAGGCCGACACCGGUCGCCAACCGUGCUUUACAUGCCACGGCUCGAGGAGCUGGAGGAGGCACUCCAGCUGCGCGUCGGCACCGGCCUGGACCGUCUGCUGGGCAUGCUGCCGCGCUGGGCGCCGCUGCUGGUCGUGCUGACCAGCGUACAGCCGUACGCCGGGCUGGCCGAGCACCACCAGACGGCGUUGGCCACGGCGCACCUCCACAAGGCGGUGCGGCCGGACCAGCCGCAGCGGUACGCCUUCUUCUCCACCCUGCUGGACCACGGUCGGGGUCUGUCGGAGCGCAGCAUUGACCAGCUGGUGCAGCUGACGCGCGGCUGGAGCGUCCAGGAGCUGGGCCAGCUGAGCGUGCGCGUCUCGCAGAUCCGCUCCGAGAGCAAACACACGCCCUCCGUCGCCAGCCUGAUCAAGGAGCUGACCAUCGAGCGGGAACUAGUCAGCAAGCGAGCGUGAGCCUACGAAGCCAAUCAGCAGGCAUUUACUGCAGGCUUGGGCCGCAGGCGACUUCUAUCUGUCACUUCCGUCCGUCGCUGGACCAACGCCUGUCGUCACACUAACGGCCGCGUGUAACUCGCACAAAAUGAGCGUGUGUGCUGUGGUACUCUUGUUCAUAUGACGUAUGGAACAGAACGCAGCGGUGCCAUUUGUUUCUGUUCGUGGAUCUGAUGGAAGCUAAACGUCCGUUUUGUUAUACGAUUUGUAAGUCAAAAC